ACCAAUUGUUUGACGCAGUUUGAUGCUGAACACAUUCAAGGGCAUAUUUUGUCUCUCAGGGAAAUGGAGAAAGACCAAAAGGAGAUGUUUGUUAUGGGAAGUCUGUUGAAAAUAGGUGCACAGGAAACCAGGAAAGGUAAACGUAAACGAGUUAGAUAUAGAUAUACAUUUGAUGGCAAAACUGUCUGUAAAUCUGUGUUCUGCCACGUUAAUGAUAUUGGGCAGAGGACUGUUAAAUCUUUACUGAAACAUUUAAAUUCAAAUGGACCGGUGCCGCGAAUACAUAAGAAUACCGGGAGAAAGCCAGGCCAUGCAGUUAAGUACGAGGACGUGCGUUUCUCUGUUCAUUUCCUGUUAUUAUAUGCAGAAAUCAACGGGUUAUCAAUGCCAGCAGCACCACGCGGAGCAGACGAGGCUGCACCUGUACUGUUACCAUGUAAUACUACAAAAGUGGAUUUACAUUCAAAAUACCAACAAGCAUGUGUAGAAGCCGGCGUAAGAGUUCUUGGUAUAACUACAUUUAAAUGUGUUUGGAAGCAAUGCCUUCCACACAUUAAGAUAAUGACGGCAAAAGAUGACGUUUGUCAUAAGUGCGAGAUGAUAAGGAAAAGGUUGGCUGAUGCUAUACAUGAGGUGGACAAACUUGAGGCAGCAAACGCUUUACGAGAACAUAUACAGGAUGCACAGAGAGAGCGACAGGUUUAUAGAAAGACAAUAGAAGAGGCUCGUGAGGAAAUGAGGCACACAUCAGUCACAGUCAAUCGACCUGCCCAGCCAUGCACUAGUGAUUUAUCAAAAGUGCACUAUACUUUCGACUAUUCUCAAAAUGUGACUAUACCACACCAUAGUCAACAAAUGGGCCCUUUGUAUUUUGUUACUGGCAGGAAAAUACAAAUUUUUGGCGUCCGUGUUGAUUCUGUGUCACAAAAAUAUAAUUACCUUAUAGACGAGGAUGAAUCAAUUGGUGCUGAUGGUACAGGAACUCACGGGCCAAACUCGGUUAUAAGUAUGCUACAUCAUUGCCUCGAAAACCAGGGAUUUGGAGAGAAAGCUUGCGUCAUGCACGCCGACAACUGUGGUUGUGAGUGUCUUGUGGAUGGAGGAUUUGGACAUAUCAAGAAGCUGUAUAGGCGCACGGACUGCGACAGUAUUUCGCAGGUGGCAUCUGUCGUGAGAAAGUCUGCUUCAAGCAAUUUCCCCGUGCUCUUCCGCAAGGAGGAUGGCUGUCAGAAUUGGACUUGGUAUGACUGGAAGACAUUUCUGCCGCGUUUCUUUUUACCAUUACGGGGUAUACAGCGCUAUCACGCUUUCCGUAUUACGAAGGAUGCUAUAUACGUGAAAGAACGCUCAACUGACGUAGAGCAGCGGGUCACAAUCCUGAAGAGAAAUGCUUCAGUACCAGCAGAUAUUCUCCCUGCAGUUUUGCUACCGGGUGGACUUUCCCGCGCAAGGCAGCAAUAUCUGUACAAGAAUGUACGACCCUUUGUACGUCAGGCGUACCGUGAUGUGACGUGCCCACCGUUACGGGAAGAAUGACAAUUUAGAUUUGAAUGUACAAAUGUAUACAUGCAUUAUCUUUGACUGUGUGUUUAGUCCUUAGAUUUGUUAUCAAUAAACUAGAUAUUAUUUGAUAUAAGAAUGAUGUAUAUAUUGCAAGUUUUAAAAUUUCGUUAGUAAUAAAUUAACCAAUAUACUGGGCACAUUAGUGCUGAUCCGUUUAUGUGAUUUCUUCUGUUAUCUUUUUAUAUUUAUGAAUUUGAAGUUUGUAACUUCAUAGGACUGUAAAAUAAAUUCACGUGGAGUUACUGUCUUUAUUGAUUCUUACAAAAUCCAUUCUUAAAACAAAGCAAUUCAGCAAUAAACUACGACGUUCUUAAAAAACGUUCAACGUUUAAACAAACGUCGUCGCCGACGUCGAAGCAACACAUUGGUCUAUGUACAUAAAAAUAUAUAUCUUUGAUAUUUGUCAAGAUUUUUUCGUCAAAUAAAAAGUAAAAUCAUCUGUAAUAAUUGGUUUCUAUGAAAAUUAUGAAACCAAAAAAUCGAAGAAAAUUGCCCGAAGGGUCAUUUUGUCGU